GAUGAUUCCAAUCCAUUAAAUUUUUUCGAAAUCCGCUAGCUAAAUAUCCGCCACACUGCAGCAUUUAAAGAAUUGAACACUAUGAACGGCAACUCAAUCUAUCCGGCGAGAAACCGAUCCAAGCGUCUGUUCUCUGAACAAGAUAUCUCACUGGAUGCAUUUAAGAAAUUAUGCUCCCAGGAGACUUCAUCAGAAACCUACCCACUGGCUUCUUCGAUUGAGAAAAAUGUGCCAAUCUAUGACUUGUCAAAAUACGCCCUCAACACUAGUGCCUCGACAAUCUCUGAACUACAGGAUGAAUGGUAUGAAAUUCUCUCGACAGGUCCAGGUGUGCUUAUAUUAAAGGGAAUGUAUGAUGUGUCUAUAUAUGGCGACGUGUUAGACUCCACAACGUCCACAUUCCAGCGCAUCAUUGAUCAUGAGCGUUUAAGUCCGGGGGUCAAGAAAGGCGACCAUUUCGCCAAUAGUGGCGCGAAUGACCGGAUUUGGAAUUCGUUUAGCAAACACGCUCUGGCAGACCCCGAAUCAUUUGUCAAAUACUAUGACAACCCAUGGUUAGCUCAUAUUUGCGAGGCAUGGCUGGGCCCUGCAUAUCGCGUAACAGCCCAAGUCAACAUUGUCAAACCCGGUGGUGCGCCUCAGCAGAGCCAUCGUGACUAUCACCUGGGUUUCCAAAGCGGAGAGAGCUGUAGCCGAUAUCCUCAGAAUAUACAGGUUGCGAGCCAGUUGUUGACUCUUCAAGGCGCUGUGGCGCACACUGAUAUGCCGUUUGAUAGCGGGCCUACACGAUUACUUCCAUUCAGCCAGCAGUUCGAACCCGGAUUUCUAGCGUACCGACUUCCCGAAUUUCAGGCAUACUUUCUUAGUCAAUGGGUGACUGUAUCGUUGAAUAGAGGCGACGGGGUAUUCUUCAACCCUGCACUUUUCCAUGCAGCAGGUGAGAACAAGACAACAGAUAUCAACCGUACUGCCAAUCUUCUGCAAAUAAGCAGUGCAUUUGGUAAACCAAUGGAAUCUAUAAAUACAAUCCCGAUUGUUGCACGUUGUUGGGAUCUGUUAGCUGCUAAAUAUAAGGACGAUGGAGGGUUGAGCCUGUCAUUGACAUAUCUUAUCCAAACCAUCGCAGACGGGUAUCCCUUCCCUACAGACUUAGAUCACCGGCCCCCUGCGCCCAGUGGCAUGGCGCCAGAGAGCGAGCAAGAAAUCAUAAUUCGGGGUCUUAAAGACCAUUGGACCCGCGACCAGGUUGUUUCGGAACUUCAAACGAUGAAGGCAGGCUGGGAGUAUCCACCGCUUACUGGGUAAACAUGCUAAAAAAUGUCGAGGUUGUUAUUUAAAUGCCGAGUCCGAACGUAAAAUUAUUCAAAAUGGGAACUAUAUGUCUA